GUGAUCAAUUUUGCGUUGCGGGUGAACGAACCCAAAUUCACUGUAGUCCCACAUGCGCAAUUUUGUUGCUAGGCCGAUUUCAUGGUGAUUAUCAUCGCUCAACAAGGAGGUAGAAUACUCGCAAUUUGUUUAUGAAUUUAUCCCAGUUUUACCAUACAUUAAAUGAAUAAUGACGGACUCGCCAGAGGAGAUCAUUUUGACGACAAAAGACCGAUUCGAAGAAUUAUGUAUGAGUUUAAAUUUGGACGACGCCACGAAGAAAACGGCUUGGGAAUCAUACGAGAGGAUAUGCGAAAAUUACACGCUAGAGGGAGAUAAAAUCCAAUGGCUUUCCUGUGCCUUGUAUGUAGCAUGCAGACGUAGUGUAGUACCGACUGUAAGCAAUGGUACAAUAGAGGGCAAUGGCGUGUCUCUAACUCAACUGCUUCGCUCUGCCAAACUGAGUGUUAUCCAGUUCUUCAACAAGAUGAAAAAGUGGUCAGACAUGGCCAACCUUCCGCAGCAGUUUAGAGACAAGGUGGACCGUCUGGAGAGGAACUUUGCCGUCUCAACGGUCAUCUUCAAGAAAUACCAGCCAAUCUUUUACCAUCUCUUCAAGGAAGGAGACAACACACCCAGGCCACCUAGGAGUAGAAAACAUAGGCGACUGCCUUGUACAAGCCAAGAUGUGUUUUCUUUCUGUUGGACCAUCUUUGUUUUAGUGAAAGGUAACUUCCCAGCGAUAAGUGACGAUCUUGUUAAUUCCUACCACCUCCUUCUGUGUAGCUUGGAUCUCAUGUUCGCCAAUGCUGUGCUGGCAAACAGGCGUGACCUUUUGAACCCUGAUUUCCAAGGUCUCCCAGAGGGCUAUGCAAGUCGUGAUUACAGGGUGCCGUCUGAAGCCCCAUGCAUCAUUGACAAACUCUGUGAGGUCUACGGUGGACUUGUGCUGGAAGCCAAGUCUAUCAAUGAACACUGGUGGAAACUUCACAUACAGAAACUCAUAGAUGAAGAGGAUUUGGAAGGGAAUCUGGAAAAGCUUUCCAAUCUACUGGAUACCAAUAACUUUGAGUCAAACAACAAAAAUAUCUGCAAGAAAUAUGAGGAGUACGUUUUAACGAUUGGUGACUUUGACGAGAGGAUCUUCCUUGAUAAGGACGCCGACGAGGAGAUCGGGACACCAUCAAAAUCAGCUGCACUCAGGGAGACAGAGGAAGCCAUGAGAAAACCACCAAGCCGAAAGACCAAAGACCUUUGUCCAGCAACACCACUGACCAACAGGCGCUACCUCAAGGAGAAAGAUCUAAAGAUCACACCAGUGUCCACUGCCACCCAAGCGGUCAGCAAGCUGCAGGCUCUUCUGACCGGUCGCAAGCUAGAGGCCAGUGAGCUCCUGGAUUGUAUCUUCAAGGAAUGUUCAGAGAAUCCUGCGGAAGGAAUCGCCAGUCGAGUCAAGGAGAUGGGAGAGAUCUUCUGCCAAAAGUACACCCAGGCGCAUGAUGAAGGAAACUCUGGAUCACCGCAAGACUUUGCCAAGCGAAGGUUAAAACUAGCUGAAAGUCUUUAUUACAAGGCCCUUGAAAACAUCAUGUUGGCGGAAAAGAAGAGAUUAAAGAAUCUUACACAUCUCCUUGAGCAUGAUCUGUUUCACAGAUCUCUCUUUGCUUGCUGCGUGGAGGUCGUUAUCUUUGCAUACAACUCACAGAGGACAUUUCCAUGGAUACUAGAAGCAUUUGAGAUCCCCGCAUUCCACUUUUACAAGGUCAUUGAGCUCAUCCUCAGAGCAGAAGAAGGACUAUCUAGAGACAUUGUUAAGCAUCUCAACUUUAUUGAGGAGUCAAUUCUCCAAGACUAUGCAUGGCGGAACGAUUCACCCCUGUGGGACCUCCUGAAGGAUAGCAACCAGGGCGUGCCUACCUGCGAGGAUGCCACCAUACCCGGUCAAACAGAUGGAGGGGUAUCAGGAGGAGGUGUGAGGGGGGCAUCCACCGGUCAAACUACCUCAUCCUCAGGGUCAACGAACUCUGGUGGUCAGAGUCAAACACUCCUCUCACCCAUCGUCCAUAAGAGGGUUGUCCAACUGGGUGGAAGAACGGAAUCUAUUCUCCAGUCGCCCACCUCUGCUCAUGAUAGAUUCAGCUCUCCGUCUCCAGGCAGUGCCAGGCGUCGUCUAUUCACUGCUGACGCUCCGCCGACGACGUCAUCAUCAACGUCCUCGACGCCAACUGAAUCAACAAAUAAAGCCACACCCUCUCCGCCAGUGAUCAGCCAAUCUUCGGCAUCAAGAGCCAUGAAGUUCACUGAGAUAAUUUCUUCAGCAACCAGCCAAUCAACAUCGUCUACCUCAACGUCAUCCUCGAGCAACGCCAACACUGUCCUCUCACCAAAGAAGCAAUUUGUUGUUGUCCAUGGCAUUCAAGGAAAGGAUGGUACUGGCAACCACAGACUCAUCGUCAGUCCCGUCAAGGUCAUCUACACUUCCCCAGCAAAGGCCAGGACUGCAGAAGGAGAACCUGGAUCUAGCACGACCAUCGCUGUACCAGCCCCGAAGCCCAAGAGGACCGGGUCAGUAGGGAUCUUCUUCAGGAAGGUGUAUCAUUUGAUGAACGUGAGGCUCCUUGACCUUUGUCAUCGUCUAAAGCUCCAUGAUGACCUCAGGCGUAAGAUCUGGACGUGUCUGGAGCAUGCCAUCGUUCAUAAGACAGACAUGAUGAAAGACAGACAUCUUGAUCAGAUCAUCAUGUGUACUAUGUAUGUCAUCUGCAGGGUGACACAGAACCAAUGUUCAUUCCAGGAGAUCAUGCGUAGCUAUCGCUUCCAGCCGCAAGCAUCAAGCCACGUUUACCGCAGCGUUCUCAUUCACUCUAAUCGUAAGAAAGACUCCAAUGGCAACAGCUCCAACAGCAGUAGUAGAGGCUCGCCAGAACACAAGACAGUUGAGACACCAAUCUUGAUGCGAUCAGCUAGUACCUUGCCCAUCCCUCAACCAAGCAGUGCUCCUCCCACUCCUACCAGGUUAGCUGGUACUGCCUCCACGUUUGAGGAUGAAAACAGGGGCGACCUCAUCAAAUUCUACAACUCGGUAUUUCUUCAGAGGAUACAGGCCUUCGCUGUAAGAUUUGAAACAUCACCCAACGGGAUGACCGACAGGCUGGAGGCCCCGCCCCUAUCGCCCCUUCCAGUACCCCGUCCUCACAUGCUGUCACCGAGGAAGGUCUCCAACAGGCACCAGUUGUACGUCUCGCCGCACAAACAGCGUAUGACAAGCCCUAGGAGUGCGAUGACCUAUGUCAUACAGAAGAGUCCUGCUAAGGUCCUUCAAAAAAUGAACACCAUGGUAGUAAAGGCCACGGAACGCACCAAACGGCAGCUCCUCAGCGAAUCACACGAGUCACCGUCCAAACGACAUUGUGGUGCCGGGGACUUCCUGCAGACACGCCUAGCAACAGUCAAAUCCGAAAGGGAAUCUGCCAGUUCAUAGACACAAUCACCAAAUAGGGGGCGGGGUAUGUCUGUAUUUCUGCACUGAAUGAUCAUAGGCCCAAAGUCACAUAGGUGAUGAUGAUUCUGUGAUUUUGUGAAUCUGUGAUUUUAUGCAGUGUAUUCAGUACACUGUAUUAUAUCAUGUGCAUUGAGGUUUGCCCAAGAAUGUAUUUUGUGCUGUAUGAUAAAAGCGCACAUUCUAUUUGACCUCUGUCAAUAUAAACACUUAAAUGAGUGCAUUUGAUACAUAAAUUCUGUAUAAGCUGUAGUUUCAAUACUUCCUUUGUGAAUUCUUGCUAUACAGUUUUGUAGAAAUAAUGACUUGCAUAUUCCCAAGUACAGAACUUGUAUGUUUACAUAACCUGGCUUUAUAAGAACAGUGUGAAAUAGUGAGAUUGAAAUGGGCAUUGCAAUCAAAUCGUUAUCACAUAUUUUGUCUUUUCUGCCAGACCAUCUGGCUUUGCUUCUUUUUUUUUCUUUUUUUAUUGAAGAAUCCUGUGAUUUCAAAAAUUUUUAAACCUCAGUAAAAACAAAAAAGCUGGUCUUUGAUAUAUUAUAUCAUAAAAAAUGUAAGCUUUUCAAAUUGAAGAAUGUCAGGCGACAUGAAUUUCAAAGCAAAUCAUGAAGAAUGAAAACAAAUGACAUGGCAAGCUUCUUUUGAAAGAAUUCUUCCAUAUUCAGGUACCUCCAGAGUUAAAGGUAUUCUUUUUAAACUUGAUUUGUUCAAUAGAGUUCAAAUUUUAAAUAGAGUUAUGCUCUCCUUGCAUUAAAUCCUUGUCUUAAGACUGGAGCUAUCCAUGGCCAUACGCAAAGGGCCCCCAAAAUUUUGAAAACUUCAAUCCUUCAUUUUCACUGAAGAAAAUGCAAAAUCGUCCAAUUAAAAGCUUGGUCGCUUCCAUCCCUCGCUUUCAGAUUUCUUCAAUAUUUUUUAUGCAUCCUGUCCCCCCCCCCCCCCUCCCCUGUGGAAAAAAAACUUCUGCAUACAGCCAUGGAGCUAUCUUAACAGUUUGAUAGCAAUUCUGCUUUCCUCAAAAGUGGAUUUAACUUGUUUUGGAAGCAAGCUUUUCACAUACAGAUGUUCUGUUUUGCAUACCAAAAAUUAGAUUGGUAUAUCAACAAUAAACUUCAAAUGACAAGAUGUAAGAUGUAUAUAUUUUUUUUUCUGAUAUUCUAUCAUGGAGGAAUCAUGUGAAACAAUAUCCUUUUUUAUAUGUCAGUAUUACAAUUUGAAGCUUUGUUCUUUGUUGGUUUUAGGGCAUUGUUGAAUAUGACACUGCUUUUUCUUAAAGCAAUUCACUUCCUAGAUUUGAUUUUCAACUGUCUGAAAAAUAUCUUUUUAGUGACUGAUUUUAACAAUGGUUUGACUCCUUUUUUAGACAGAAUAUGUAAUUUUAUCAUUUUAAGCAGAAGAAAGCAUUUGAAUUUGCCUCUACCAAAAAGGGCUUAGUGUUCAAGAUGUUACAUUUUAAAAAUGUUUUUUAAACAUAUUUUAUGUAUUUUGAUACUCAUUUUGAUGGAAGAAAUGAGACACAAUCGUGUGGUCAACGGUGAUUGUUUGGGACUUUUUUAGAGAAGGCAGCCUUUUAUCUGCGUCAUUUGCUGUAUUGACUUAAAUCUGGAGACAUGAUUAAAAACACCAAUGCCUAGUCGUCCAUAUAGCUUCAUUGUUUUUGUUUUAGCAUAGAUUUCAGAACCCCUUCCCCCUAAUCUGUGUGACUUUAUACUUAUCGGUUGUUGGCCAUUAUCAUCCGUAGCCAAUGCUUAUAACGUUAUGUAAGUUGAAUAACUUUUUCACAAGUUUAGACAUUUGGGAGCUUUAGAUGUCACAACCUAGCCCAAGACACAGAAUCUUCUCUAUCUUAAUGCUGCGUUCUCUUUAUUCAUGCUCAGUAAAAUUUUCUUUUCCCCGAAUCCUAAGAUUCCUUGUCUAGGGCUUGGAAUCUGAAGCUCCUUAUUGACUGGUUGUAGAAAAAAAAUAAUAAAUUAAUAAAAUUUGUAUAUGAAUUAAAUGAAUAUUGAAAUAUCCUUUCUAUUACAAGAGGACAUGCAAUAAUUUGUUUGUAUUAUAUGUAAAUAUGGUAUAGUAUGAGUCUAUGUACAAAGGUAUAAUGGAUGAUAACACUUGGGAAUCCCAUCCCAGUUGAAAAAUAGGCUAAAAAGAGAGAAAAAAAGGUGAUUAGCUUUCUCAUGAGUUAUUUUCUCUUUAUCCAAAUGCCAGUCCCUAAAUGUAAUUUAUAUUAUAUUUUUAAAGAUUUUUAUAUUUCUCUUUAUUACUGUUAUUGGUACCAUGUAUAUCAAUUUUCUCAAUUUCUAUUACUGGUGAAAUCAAAUUGAUUAAGUAUUUUUAUCAGUAUUAUUUUUAAAAUCUAAUUCUGUACUUUUUAUUAGUUUUUUUCAAGCAGAUUUUUACUGGGUUAGAUUGUGUUUUAUUGUUCUGUAAGAUGUGGGCAUGUUAACACAGAGGUAUGCAAUAGAUUGCAAAAAUGAAAGAAACAUUCUGAUUGGUUCCUGGGCAGUGUGUUGAACAAAAUGCACACACAACACUGACCUUCAUUGGCUAUUGUCAUUUAGCAAUUCAUUACAAACAUUUGUUAUGUCGGUUUCUUUAAACAUUUCAGCACGACAUAUUUUCUGAACACUGUUAAUCAUCAUUUCUUUUUAACCUGGCAAUUAUGGUGUUGCAAUUUUUGUCAGAUCAUUGAAUUGUCAAUGUAGUUGAUGAAAUUAAGGAGAUGAGAUGAAAUCAUGUUUGAUAAUUGAUAUCAAUAUUUUUAAAGGUUUUUUUUAUUAGUAAAACAAAAAUCAUCAUGUGACAAAGGCAUUCCUGUACUUGAAGAUGACAUUUGUUCAAUUUUUAUAAUAGAUUCAAUUGUGCAUCAUUCUUGUUUUCAUUACAGAAACGGAGUGCAGUAUUCUACAGCGUUAAUCAUGAAUGUAAAUUUAAAGAAAUUUCAUUAAAAACUAGUAAUGUUUAUUGUGUAUUACUAUUGUGUAAUAAAAAGAUAUUGCAGAUAAUUUUCAAGUAA